CGCCGCCGCCGCCGCCGCCGCCUCCCUCCCUCGGCAGCCCCCCGGCCGGCCCGGCAGCGGAGCCGGCGGUUGCGGCCUCCUCGCCCGGCUCCCGUGAGGCGGACGCCCGGCCGGCCGCUGAACCGCGUCCCCCUCGCGCCGCGGCCGCCCGGUCUCCUCGGCCGCCCGGCAUGAAGACCAAGUUCUGCAGCGGGGGCGAGGCCGAGUCCUCGCCGCUCGGGCUGCUGCUGAGCUGCGGCGGCGGCAGCGCGGCCCCGUCGCCCGGCGUGGGGCAACAGCGCGGCGCCGCCAGCGACCUCGAGCCCAAGCCGCUGGGCGGCCGGCAGUCCCCGCUCGCGCUGCCGCCGCCGCCCCCGCCCCCGGCCGACGAGCAGCCCGAGGCGCGGACGCGGCGCAAGGCCUAUCUGUGGUGCAAGGAGUUCCUGACGGGCGCCUGGAGGGGCCUUCGCGAGGACCAGUUCCACAUCAGUGUCAUCAGAGGUGGCCUCAGUAACAUGCUGUUCCAGUGCUCCCUACCUGACACUGUAGCAACCAUUGCUGAUGAACCCCGGAAAGUGCUUCUCCGGCUCUAUGGAGCCAUUUUAAAAAUGGUAUUUUUGAUAAAGCUGUGGAAUGGAAAGAGGUCCUGUAAUAAAGAGGGAUCCGAACAAGCUCAGAAAGAAAAUGAAUUUCAAGGUGCUGAAGCCAUGGUCCUGGAGAGCGUCAUGUUUGCCAUUCUUGCAGAGAGGUCACUUGGUCCAAAACUCUAUGGAAUCUUCCCCCAAGGCCGACUGGAACAGUUCAUUCCGAGCCGGCGAUUAGACACUGAAGAAUUAAGUUUGCCAGAUAUUUCUUCAGAAAUAGCUGAGAAAAUGGCCACAUUUCAUGGUAUGAAAAUGCCAUUCAAUAAGGAACCAAAAUGGCUUUUUGGAACAAUGGAAAAAUAUCUAAAUCAAGUGCUGAGAAUUAAGUUUACCGUGGAACCCAAAGUUAAACAACUACACAGACUCCUUGGUUACAAUCUGCCUUUGGAAAUGGAAAACCUGAGAGGACUGCUGGAGUCCACGCCAUCUCCAGUUGUAUUUUGUCAUAACGACUGUCAAGAAGGCAAUAUCUUAUUGCUGGAAGGCAGAGAGAAUUCUGAGAAACAGAAACUGAUGCUCAUUGACUUUGAAUACAGCAGUUAUAAUUACAGGGGAUUUGACAUCGGGAAUCACUUCUGUGAAUGGAUGUAUGAUUAUAGCUACGAAAAGUACCCUUUCUUCAGAGCCAACAUCCUGAAGUAUCCCACCAGGCAACAACAGCUCCAUUUUCUUUCCAGUUACUUGGCUGCAUUCCAGAAUGAAUUUGAAAACCUCAGUAAUGAAGAAAAGUCUAUUAUAGAAGAAGAAAUGUUGCUUGAAGUCAACAGGUUUGCCCUUGCAUCCCAUUUCUUCUGGGGACUCUGGUCCAUCGUACAGGCCAAGAUUUCCUCUAUUGAAUUUGGAUACAUGGACUAUGCCCAGGCCAGGUUUGAGGCCUAUUUUGACCAGAAGAGGAAGCUAGGGGUGUGACUGGGAGGCCUUCGCGCACUUCAUCACUGGACCGCGGGGGAAGGCAGCUGAGCGGGGGUCUCCUCUGCGCUUUGACCACUGUACCCACAGCAAGAAGCCUGGGGACACCCGCUACAGAACACAGAUGUGUAUGAUACGACAGACUGUAUUAAAAUUGAGUAACAUUUCUUUCAUACCUUGUUUACGAUUUCACUAGGACUCUUUGGAAUGAGAUUGAGAAGCAGAAAUAUAGUACAAUAGUGCAAUAUCUUAAAAUCCUUUUAAUCUAGUGAAGGCAUUUUAUAUCGGGGGCUCAAAGCUGAAUUUCACUCAGAUUUGGCAAACAGGAGUAAACAGUGUUACUGUGGGUACCUUUUGGGGAUUAAUGUUGGUUUUUAAAGAUUGAGUUAAUGUGCCGCGAACAUUGUGACCAGGCUCUUCGUAGGUGACGAUGUGUGGCAGACACUACUCACUCCUCGAGGACAGAGGGUGAGCAGAGACAUACUGUGAAGUUGCCCCAAGGCCUUAACCUGAGUCGUCCCGGGAAGCUGCUCUCCCACCCCCUGGGUCCCGGUGGCCGGGGCAGCAGGCAGAGUCCCCAGCCACGUGCGGUGGCCGUAGCUCCUCUGUCCUGUUGUACUUCUGUUGUUCUGCAGAGGAGUUUCCCUUUAACUGGAUAUAAACCUUCGCCACGCCCUCCUCCUAACCAAAUGUGCUGUAUUAGCCCCGUCUUCGGGGCACACCGUGAUGCCGGGGCCCACAGAGGGCUGGGGCUGGGCAAGGGGCCUGUGGGCGCACACCCCUCAGCUCCCUUCCCCUGCCCCCAGGCGUGAACAGGCCGCUUUGUCUAGCUUGCUGUAGCCUUUUUCUCCUCCACCUCCACUCAGCCUGGAUGGAGCUCGGGAUUCCAUGGCAUGGGCUGGUUUCCCAAGGACGUGGAUUUGCCCAGAGCCCCCUGGAAGUUUCUUGCCUCCUCUGGCCCCUGGGGCCGAGCUGGGGUGGGGGGUGGGGGGCACUGGACCUUGGCUUCUCCCUGACCCGCCCCAGAUGUGCUUGUUCUCGUGGGACACGGCAGCCUGUAUUAUGUGAAAUGUGGAGACGUGGAUAGGAUAUAGCUGUGAAAUCCAUAUACAUUAAAUGCCCUUUGUUAAUAAGU